UCUCGGCACCAGGAAGCCCGCCUCUGGUUUUUAAGAUGUUAGGCCAACAGGGAAGCGGGGAGCCGCAGUGCCGGUCCUCCGCUGGCCCAGGUGCCCGGAGCUGAGCUGAGCUGAGUUGAGCUGCGGCGAGGCCCGGCUCCAGCCCCACGAUCCGCGGGGCCGUGCGUGUGCCCGACGCGGAGGGAGCGCCCGGAGGCUCCGCCGCCGCCGCCGGGAUCCGAUGUCAGCUACCUGUCCCUGUCACUCUUGACACUUCGCUGUCAGGGCUGCGCGCGGGGGGCGGGCGGAGCGCGCCCGGCGUUGGCCGUCCCCAUUGGAGGGGUCCUCGGGAGAGGGAGGGGGCGAGGAAGGAAAGGGGUCUUCGCCCACUCUCGUUUCGCUUUGGAACUUGCAAGCCUACUGCUCCCCCAAAGACGCCCGGAGCCCCGGAGCCGUACCCUCCCAACCGACCUCGUUCGCAUGGCUCCGCUCGCCCGCUGACAUUCGGCCGCUGGAACCUCUCGCUUAUUAAAAGCCUUUCCGAAGAAGACCGGGCGGCGAGGCUAGAGCGCUCCGCGGGGGUUGUGUUUCCCGGCUGUGCCCGCGGCGGACCCCGCGGGGACGCCCCGCGCCCCGAGCCGGGCAGGGCGGCGCGCUCCUCCGCCCAUGAGCUGCAUGAGAGGCCCGCUGCACUUGGAGCCCCGAGCAGCAGGGACCAAGCGGCCGGCUGCCCCCGCGUCCUCCGCCUGCCCCCACCCCCAGCUCCAGGCGAUGGCUUCGGUCCUAGCCCCCGGCCAGACCCGCGCCCUGGACUCCGCCAAGCACAGGCUGGAGGUGCACACCAUCUCCGACACCUCCAGCCCCGAGGCCGCAGAGAAGGACAAGAGCCAGCAGGGGAAGAAUGAGGACGUGGGCGCCGAAGACCCGUCCAAGAAGAAGCGGCAGCGGCGGCAGCGGACUCAUUUCACCAGCCAGCAGCUGCAGGAGCUGGAGGCCACGUUCCAGAGGAACCGCUACCCGGACAUGUCCACGCGCGAAGAGAUCGCCGUGUGGACCAACCUCACGGAAGCCCGAGUCCGGGUUUGGUUUAAGAACCGCCGGGCCAAAUGGAGAAAGCGGGAGCGCAACCAGCAAGCCGAGCUGUGCAAGAACGGCUUCGGGCCGCAGUUCAACGGGCUCAUGCAACCCUACGACGACAUGUACCCGGGCUACUCGUACAACAACUGGGCCGCCAAGGGCCUCACGUCCGCCUCGCUGUCCACCAAGAGCUUCCCCUUCUUCAACUCGAUGAACGUCAACCCCCUGUCGUCCCAGAGCAUGUUCUCCCCGCCCAGCUCCAUCUCCUCCAUGAGCAUGUCGUCCAGCAUGGUGCCCUCGGCGGUGGCCGGCGUCCCGGGCUCCGGCCUCAACAGCCUCAACAACCUCAACAACCUGAGCAGCCCGUCGCUCAACUCGGCCGUGCCCACGCCCGCCUGCCCCUACGCGCCGCCGACCCCGCCGUACGUUUACCGGGACACGUGUAACUCGAGCCUGGCCAGCCUGAGACUGAAAGCCAAGCAGCACUCCAGCUUCGGCUACGGCAGCGUGCAGACCCCGGCGUCCAACCUGAGCGCCUGCCAGUACGCGGUGGACCGGCCGGUGUGAGCCGCGCCCGCCCGCCGGGAUCCUAGCGCCGUGCCAGGCGGGAGGGCCCCUCUGGCCCCCGGAGAGACUGGGAGUUACUGCUAGAAGGUCGUGGGCACUCAAGGAAGGGACAGAAGGAGGAGGGAGAGGAAAAGGAAACCACUGAAUGAAAGAGAGGGAGCUCCCUCGAUUUCAAAAGGAAUUGCCUCGGUGUCUUGACAUCUUUCCCUCAAAAGUUAUUUCCAAAAGUUGCAAAGGACGCGCUCUCGGAGGUUUGACUGGAUAGGACCUUUUAACAUUACGAUAAGCUUGUUAUUUUUUAAGUUUAGCCUUGUUAACAUUAAAAAAAAUGACGGAAAGGAUGUAUAUAUAUCGAAAUGUCAAAUUAAUUUUAUAAAAAGCAGUUGUUAGGAAUAUCGCAACAGUGUUUUUAAAAGGUUAGGCUUUAAAAUAAAGCAUGUUAUGCAGAAGCGAUUAGGAUUUUUUUCGCUCUCGAGCAAAGGAAUGUAUAUAUUAAAUGCCACACUGUAUGUUUCUAACAUAUUAUUAUUAUUAAAAAAUGUGUGAAUAUCAGUUCUAGAAUAGUUCCUCUGGUGGAUGCAAUGAUGUUUCUGAAACUGCUAUGUACAACCUACCCUGUGUAUAACAUUUCGUACAAUAUUAUUGUUUUACUUUUCAGCAAAUAUGAAAAAAAAAGUGUUUUAUUUCAUGGGAGUAAAAUAUACUGCAUACA